CUUCAGUUAUCACAGUGUAGAGCAACAAUGAUCAUUGAACUGCUUGCACUUCUCCUGACAGUGGUUGGGAUCGCUUACGGGAUCUUCAAAUAUAAGACCACCUACUGGAGUCGUCAUGGAGUCCAUAGUGAAAACAAUGCUACUUUCCCAUUGGGAAAUGAUCCCAUUUUUCAUCCAGACGUACUCGGCUCCAAAAGAAAUCCAGCUUAUGUAAUGGAAGAAUUGUAUCAGAAGCACAAGGAAAAACCUUUCGUUGGAAUCUAUGGACCCUUGGGCCAACAGUCCAUGGUAAUCAAUGAUCUGGAGUUGAUCAAGCACAUCCUAAUUAAGGACUUUGAAGUCUUUGUGGAUCGCUUUGGGCAGUUUAAUGUGUUUGCUGGAGAUUCAGAAGUGUUUACCGAUCGUCUUUGGCGUCAACAACUCCUCGUUUUAAAGGGCGAAUUAUGGAAGGAUGUCCGAUCAGUGUUCUCGCCCGUUUUCACAUCCGGGAAAAUGAAGCUCAUGAUGCACUUCAUGAAAUCUAUUAGUUUGAAUCUACGAGAGGAAAUGAGGCAAUGUGCAGAGGAUUCCAAACCCAUUGAUCUCAAAGAUCUUUUUGGCAAAUACAGCAUGGAUACCAUUGCCACUUGUGGCUUUGGAGUGGAUGCCGGAUCAUUUGGAUCCAGUCAAGAAACUACGUUUGUCAAACAUGCCAAAAAUGUAUUUGGUCGUAACCAUUGGGACGGCUUUAUGCUCAUGUGCUCUGUGAUUCCAGGAUUGAACGCCUUUUGCAAAAUGCUCAAACUUCCUUUCUUCAAGCCCGUUGAAACCAAGUUCUUUUACGACAUUAUCAUGCAAACCAUUCAAAAUCGGGUCAAGACGAAGGAGAGGAAAAACGAUUUGGUCGACCUUAUGAUCGAGGCCAUUCAUUUUGAAAAGACUCUGAAAGAAAAAGGCGAAAUCGAAGUCGAGGACGGUGGUUUCAUUCAAAGCUCUACACUGGUUCACAAGAUUAAGAAAACCGACUUUGACGAGACCUUGGUGGUAUCCAAUGCCUUGUUGAUCCUAAUUGCCGGAUAUGACACAACAGCCAUGACAAUGACCUACUGCGCCUAUGAGUUGGCAAAGAGUCAGAUUGCUCAGGAGAAACUGAUUCAAGAGAUCGAUGAAGUCAUGGCCAGCCUGCCCGAUGAUCAGGAUUUCCCGGAUUAUAACACGAUUCAAACCAUGCCUUACUUGGACUCAGUUCUCCACGAGACGUUGCGGCUUCAUUGUCCUAUCCCAUUCAUUAUUCGGAACAAUUCCCGUGAUUACAAAAUCCCUGGACAUGAUGUGAUGAUUCCCAAGGGAUCCGAUGUUUAUGUGAUGGCCUACAGUAUCAUGCGAGACGAUAGGUACUUUAAUCAACCGAAUGAGUUCAAUCCAGAUAAUUUCUCCAAAGAAUCCAAGGAGAAGAGAAGUCCAUAUGCGUAUCUGCCCUUUGGACAAGGUCCACGAGCUUGUAUUGGAAUGAGAUUUGCCCUCCUGGAAGCCAAGGUUGGCUUGGUUUCUGUACUCACGAAAUAUCGGAUCAAAACUUGCGAGGACACGCCUCUACAUGCCAUCCGAAAUAACCACACCUUCCUGGGCAAUCCGCGUGAUAAACUUUGGGUUGCUGUGGAGGUCCGUUAAUGUGAUAAAUGUUGCUCUGUACUUAAAUUGAAGAAAGUGAUUUGAGUUGAAUUAGUGGACUCCGAUAAACGAGUUGCCUUGUU